AUGACCGUAAAUCAAGGUAUCGAUAUGUUUGAUGUACUGUUUAGAUUGACAGAUUUUGUGGAUGGCUGUGGUAUAUGCAGCCCUAUUAUACCUAAAACAGGAUGUUUGCAGUCCGCAUUGGUCCAGUGGUUAGGAUCCCACGCUUUCACCGUGGUGGCCGGGGUUCGAUUCCCCGAUGUGGAGUAUUUUUUUGUCAAUUCAAUUGUCAAACCAAUCAAAAGUAUUGUCAUGACAACGUUGACCAAGGAAUCGAGAGCAUUCAACAGGACGCGAACCACAAAUGCAAACAGCAACUCGCAUCCUCUUCCCCACGCUCUAAAGGACACUGGAUUUGGUGGUCUUAGAACAAGCCAAUCACACAGCUGCAAUUCUAUUAUCAUGUCAAAACAACUGUCCAUGCAAACUGCAGAUGCAACUCAUCCAGAUAUCACUCCUGUCCAACUGUCUGUUCGCAAGGGUUCUGAACAGAAUCAAUCUCUGGAUAUUGAGUUGCCUGUUGGGCGUCUGAGUGACAGUAACGAUCCAACUGUGCUUAGAACAAGAAUGCAGUCACUUGUUUCCGAAUUAGAAUCUCAACAGCGGACCAUGAACAAACUGAAACAGGAUUUGAAGGCCGAAAAGGGAUUGGUUGCAACCUUGAGAGCUGAUAAGCAAGCACUUAAACAAAUGACUGUCAAUUUGGCAACCACCGCUGAAGUCGAAGAAGAAUACAUUUCAAAUACUUUGAUGAAGCGGAUUCAGCAACUACAACAUGAAAAAGGAGAUUUGCUAAUGCGUGUCGAGGCAGAGGAAGAAAUGAUUACAAACCAACUGCAAAAAAAACUACGUCAGCUUCAAAAAGACAAGGUUGAAAUGGAGUGCGUGUUGGAAAAAGAACAAGAGUUUAUGGUGAAUCGACUUCAAAAACAACUUGACGAGUUACGAGGAAGAGUAGGAAAUGGCCCUUCUGUUUCCACAUCAUCGAAUAAAAAGUGGGGGUAUGCGCAUAGCAGUAGCUCAUCCAUGUCUGAGCUCACUUCUCCAUCAAUCGCGGCUGGUCCUGGUGUGAUUGAAGUUCUCAAAGCAGAGUUAAAUGAUGCAAAGCACCGACUUCAAGAAUCAGAGGCUGCAAAUGAAGAAUGGCGAAACACUUCAUCUGCCCAUUACCAACGUUUGCGUCAACUCACUGAGAUGCUUAUACUCAAACAAACUAAUGGAUCUUUUCCCUCAUCUUCAAAUCCCUUCACAAUGGAAAUGCUGGAUGACCAGUUUCCACCUACACUUCCUAUACUGAAAUACGAGUCUACCAGUACACCCGCUCCACAUGUGUUUCAACGACAAUUGAGUAUUUCUAGUCGAUCUGGAAGCGUGGCUAGAUCUCCUUCUGCUUCGCCAAUAAUGGGGUUCCAGCCAAACGAUUCUCAUCCUCACGCUAUUCCUAGAUCUUUUGGCCGCUCUUUUGGCUAA